AUGAUACAACUGCGGUCGAUGCGUAUUGCGCUGAGGCACUUCUUGUAUAAGAUCAAUGCCUGGAUUCGGACAAAUGCCCUUGCGGAGAUGGCUCUCAAACGCCGAAGCAUGUCUUGCUUCAAUGCUGGAGUGAGAGAACUGACCGAUUACGAUACUAUUGUAUCAGACCCGCUGGCAACCCGCUACGUUGCUAAAUUCAUGCACCGAACCGGCCUACUUGCUCAGUUUCAACAUACUGAGCAAGAAGAGUCCGAUGAUGAAACUGGAGACCUCGAGGUCAUGGAGCAGAGUCCCGAAGACGCUGGGUACUCACCAAUGCAUGCACCGACGGUCGAGGAAGGAGAGAACCUCGAUUCGCUAUUCGAAUACACGCUGCCUGACUGCGCGGGAACCGACAAGGAUAACCAUCUAAUUGAGGAUGGAGUGAGAGCUUGA